GACCAAACUACACGCAUCAAAGACCGCAUUUUUUGGCGCCAUAUUAAAAUUUCUCGUCGUGGUUUGCUUUUGUCGAAAUAUAGUCUAAUCGCCAUUUUCAAUUUUUUUGGAAUUUCACAAUGCCGUGCACUAAAGAAGUGAUACUAGAGAAGGCUAAAUUAGCUCGGAGAGAAAGAUACGCUAAAAUUAAGUCUGAUCCAGAAAAAUACGCCCGAGAAAAAGAGAAGGAACGGCAGAGGUACUUAAAAAGAAAAGAAAGAAAGAAAAUUUUAAGUAUUAAAGAUUUGACACCAAAAGCUAAAAAGUUACAAAAGAAAAAAUGGAGAGAUUUCAAUAAAUUUUACCAAAGGAAACUAUUACUGAAACGAGGCGAAAAACUUAUGGAUGUUAAUACUCCGAGUGAUACUGAAACCGACCCCUUAAGAAAUGAUAAUGAUGAGGAACAUGAACAGCAUGAUAUUCGAGACCACGAUACAAACCCAGAACGAGAACAAAGAAAUGACGAGGCCAAUUCGAUUUUUCAGAAUUUAUAUAAGAAGAUAAGAAAACUAAAGUACAUGAUGCAGAAAAAAGAAAAGAUGUAUACAUUACAAAAACAAGAAUUACAGAAAAAACUAAAUAACUACAGAAAACUUUGUCAGAGACUGAAAAAACGAGUAGAAAGUCCAAAUUCUAGAGCUCUGAGACUAAUAAAUGACAAGUCAAAGAUAAAUGACGUCAAGAAAAAGGUUUUGUUUGGUGAAGCUAUGAAAAAAACGUUGGAGACUAAUUAUCAGGCGCUGAAAUCAAAAAACGAAAAAAAUAUAUUUAGUGACCACAUACUUCAACAAAAAUCAAUACUAAAAGAGCAUAAGGUCUUGUCUGAAACUAAACACUUUAUUAGAAACGAGGAAACAAAAAAAAACUAUUAUCAAAAGUUAAAGCAGGAUAUUGUAACCUUUUUUGACAGAGACGAUAUUUCAAGAAUGACUGCUGGAAAAAAAGAAUGUAUAUCCCGGGACAAGACUAAAAAACAACGAAGAUAUUUAUUAGAUUCUAUGAAAAAUCUUCAUAAACUUUUUGAAGCAGAAAAUACCAAAGUUAGUUAUUCAUAUUUUUGCAAGCAAAGGCCAUUUUGGGUACUCAUACCAGAUGUCAGUGAUAGAGAAACAUGUUUGUGUAAAACUCAUGCGAACAUAGAACUAUUGUUGGUAGUAUUACAUUCUCGUAAAAUAAUCAAAGAAAAGAACUCUGCAGAAGUUAUCAAUAGACUAUGUUGUUCCAAUACAUCAUGCUUGUUGAGUAGAUGCGGUACCUGUAAAGAUAAAAAGCUUGAAUACUUGUUAGAUAUAGAUGAAGCAAUAACAUACAGUAAAUGGGAACAUAAGAAAGAGACGUACGUCACAAAGGGUGUGGAAAAGACAAAAAGAGUUAUCGCAAAGGUAAAAGUAACUGCCCCUCCAAAAGAAGCUGUUGCAAUAUUUGAAAGUCUGAUUCCAGAAUUUUUGAAGCAUGAAGGUACAAGAAGAUGGCAAUAUACUGCUUUGAAAGAUCUAAAAUCUAACUUGAAGAAAUGUGAAGCCAUAGUUCACAUUGACUUUAGUGAGAACUAUGGCUAUAAAUAUCACUCUGAAGUCCAGUCAUUUCAUUUUGGAGGUAGCAGGAAAGAAUUGACACUACAUACUGCAGUUAUAUAUUUAACUAAUGAAGAUGACCAAAUAACGGCUAAAUCAUUAUGCACGGUCAGUGAAAAUAUGCGUCAUGACGCUGCCGCCAUAUGGGCCCACAUAGUACCGCUUCUGGAAUACAUUCAGACCACCAACAAAAACGUAAAUCAGCUACAUUUCCUAUCCGAUUCACCAAGCAGUCAGUAUCGAAAUAAAACUAUGUUCUAUAUAAUUUCCAAACUUUACUGGAACUUCCCCUAUUUAAAGCUGGUAACCUGGAACUUUAGUGAAGCAGGACAUGGAAAGGGAGCAGCUGAUGGAGUAGAUGGUACCGUCAAGAGAAUCGCAGACGCAGCGGUGGCUAAAGGUAAAGAUAUUGAUAAUAUUGAUGAUUUUAUGACAAUUGUAGCACAAUCUGCGGAGAAUAAUGAACCUUUGCUUAAAACAAAAUCCUAA